AGUGGCCAGUGAUGCGUCAAAGUCUUAUAUGCCUUCCGCGUUUUCUCUCUGUAAUCUCUCGCCAAGUCCUGAGCCCAAUCCCAGCCUACACGAAAACGAGUUUGGGCCUGACUCGAUUUACCGUGAUGUCUGAGUCCAGCCCGUCAACAGAUCGAUCUACAGUCUCUUUUCACGAGCUCCCUUCUUUGUUCCACCAACCACCGCACUUCUACUUCCCCACCAUUCCCUCUCCUAUUCCUUCGGCAUGAACACCAAAAAAACUAAUUAAUUGAGGAAAAAAAAACCAAAUCGAAAAUGAUUCAUCAUCAUCUUCAUCAUCUUCAUCUCCUCUCUCCUCGCUCUCGUAACGAGACAUGAAGCGGAGAAAGAGAACCAGAGACAUCUCCUCCCCUCCCUCCCCCUCCCCCAUGAACAAAGCCCCGACGUCAAGGGACGCCCUCUACGACCUCUUCCUCCUCCUCCUCCUCUGCUUCCUCAUUCUCUUCUGCUCCCCUUUUGUCCACGGAAAUCGAGAUUCACGCAGUUUUAGCAACACAACUGACCGCCGUCUGAGAGAGACGUUGUUAGAAUCUUUCCUCCCAUCUGCCAUCAGCAAGAAUUACUCCUCCGUUUGCGACGUUAGGUAUUCUGGGGAUAGAGUUAAGAAUCAGGCGGAGGAGCUGAAAAAGAACGAGACUUCCUCUCGCCCCGCGGCGUACGUUGGGCUCGACGAGAUUAGGAACAAGACGAUGCAGACGAAGAGGAGCAAUGCGCACGAAGUGCUCGGGAAAAUUACCCCCAGACUCGAGCCUGGAGGAAAGGAGUAUAAUUACGCCUCUGCCUCGAAGGGCGCCAAGGUUCUGGCGCAUAAUAAGGAGGCGAAAGGGGCGGGGAAUAUAUUGGAGAAAGACGAGGACAAGUAUCUGAGAAACCCUUGUUCAGUCGGGAAGUUUGUAGCCAUUGAGCUCUCUGAGGAAACCCUUGUUGAUUCUAUUAGCAUUGCCAAUUUGGAGCAUUACUCGUCGAACUUCAAGGAUUUUGUGCUAUUGGGCAGCUUGAGGUACCCGACCGAGACAUGGAUUCCCCUCGGGAAUUUCACUGCUGAAAAUGUGAAACAUGCACAGAGGUUUACCCUUUUGGAGCCCCAGUGGGUGAGAUACAUGAGACUCAACUUUGUCAGCCAUUAUGGGUCAGAGUUCUAUUGCACAUUGAGCUUUCUAGAGGUCUACGGUGUCGAUGCCAUUGAGAAAAUGCUCGAGGAUUUUAUAGCUGUACCUGAUGAACCAGCUAAAGAUCAGAUUGUUUCAUCGAAACCAGAGGUGAAUUCUAGCAUUAAAGGAGAUAUAGUUCAAGGAAUUGAUGAGGUUGAUGUUCCUCUAAAAGGAUUAGAUGCCAGUCAUGUCAAAAAUGAUACCCCAAAGAGCAGUGCACCAAAUCAUAAGAAAGACUCAAGGCAGCAGGUAGCAGGAAGAGUACCAAGUGAUGCUGUUUUAAAGAUUUUGAUGCAAAAGUUGAGUUCUUUGGAGCUGAGCCUCUCUGUUUUAGAGGAGUUCACCAAGGAACUUGAUCGAAGAUACGGCGGUGCUGUCCCAGAUCUUCAGAAGGAGGUUUCUCAGAAGACAGUAUUACUAGAGAAGAUUGGAUCUGAAAUUAAGGAUCUAGUGGUGUCUAAAAAGGUUUUGGAAGAGGAACUUAUCGAGCUUAAGCAUUGGAAAUCGACUUUUUCAGAUCAAGUUGAUGCGUUGGUCAAAGACAGUGCCAAUGUCAGGGAAAAUGUGGAUACGAUCCUAAGAAAUCAGGAAACCCUGGAGAACAAGGAGCUUGUUGUGCUGAUAGCAAGCGUAUUUUUCGCAUGCUUUGCGCUUUUCAAGCUAACAUGCGACCGGAUCCUAACGCCAUUUAGACCGUGUGAGCCCGAGAAGAUGCACAGGAGAAGUAAAGGUUGGCUUUUGCUAUUUAUAAGCAGCAGCAUGGCCGCCUUCAUCGCCUUGCUAUUAUAGCGAGCCCUACCCCCGGGAGUUGAGAUCCGGCUCUAGAUAACCAUCGUGGAUUUGGGCUAGUUUUAACAUAUAGAUAGUGUGUAUAAUUAAAGUUAGAGUUACUGUUCUAUUCUUUUGAGUUUUUAGCUAGGGAGGAAUUCUUGGGUACCAAGCUCUUUCGCUCGUCAAUAAUUACUUCGAUCGCCGAGCGGAGUUAUUAGCUGGUUAAUGGAAUCUUAUGACUUUUUUUUUUAUGCUUAGAGCUUGACCACUGGCUGACCGGGCCUUUUGUAAAGGGACGUCCGAUGCUGAAAAUGGCUUUCUCA